UAUAACAAAAUGAAAUAAAAAAGAAAAAGAAUUGCAGAAAUGUAACUGCUGUAAUUGCAAGUUACGCACUAGUCGAAGUGCCAGUUAGGACGGGGAGUGCUCUUAUUAAGGCCUCUUUUAAGAUGCGCCGCAAGCCGCCUGAGUUCCUUGGGACGGACGCCAUGGAAAUAUCAACAGAAAGAUGGGCCGCUUAUCUAAAUGACUCCCAUCUCGCUGCUCACCAGCAAUUUGGGGCGGAUUUCCUGCUCCCCAACUCCCCGUUUGAAAGCGAACUACUAGUCUGCAUGAAGAAACUCGAAGCUGUAAAAUGUGCGGACCUCUGUCUUCAAAGAGAGGGAGAGAGAGAGUGUGUAACGAAAAGGGAGUGAGAGGGAGUUAAAAACGCGUUUCCUAACCCUGUUCCGUGCCUGGGACGCUGAUGUGAUGUCGACGCGGAGUAUAAUUAUGUCAUGACAGACAGGGCAGAUGUUGGGUCAUUUCCUGAUGCCGAGCGGGGUUCUUAUAUGAGAUGGCUCAGGAUGUCUUAUGAGGCGAACAAGAGUGUCCUCCUGGUUCCUCAGGAGUCGCGUGCGUCAUGCGUGUUCCAGUCGGCUGAGGAGAGAGACGAAAUCCCCGGCAUGGGCGACGACAGUGUCCUGGAGAUGCUGAGCUACUCUAAGUUCUCGGACCUGGAGGCGUGGCUGUGCAUGCCCUCCGCUCUGUUUCCCAGGACACGCCCCUCCUGGUCCUUCUCUCCGCUGUCCAGCGAGGGGGAGGAGUCUGAAGCCGACAGAGACCAAGAGAUCAGGCCGUCCGACAGGGACUCCAUCUUGCUGACGCGUCCAUCAGAGAGGAGCGACUCCGCUUCACCGCCACCCCCCACCUCCUCCGGGUCCCCGCAACCCCGCACCUCCACGCCGGCGUCCGCUGCCCCCCCCACCAGUGCCACCUCUGACCUUAGCAGAGACGCCCCCCAGGCUAGAUCCAGCGGUAGGAAGAGGAGACGUCUGGCAGCCAGCCCAGGAGGACUGCAUUGGGAUUCUACAGGCUCGGUGCUGAGGGAGUACGAUCGUUCCGAAGCACGGAGCGGUGUGCGUCCUGUGGCGACCCCUGAGCCCUCCUCCUCUCCCUCGGUGGACGGCUCCGUGAGGAAGAAUCUCUUGGUGAGGAAGACUCUGUCUGUGGACGACCGGCUGCUUCACACACCACCAGACCAGCAGUGGAUCCUCAGCCGCCUCGACAAGGGCAAGAAGAAGCUGCGCAACAUCCAUAGCCUUGGAUCAACGGGGAGAUACGAGCCUCGUAAAAAGUCGGACAGUAAGAUCCAGCGCCUGGCACAGAGACUCCAGAGGCAGAGUGAUGCGGCGCUGAUCCGGGAAUUUCGACCUUUCCUCUUCCUGCCCGGAACGCCGGGAACAUCCCAGAGCCUCGACAGGACGUUCUCCGUCAGCAUGACGCAGCAGAUGCAGAGCCUGCAGCUGAGUCACGGGAAGAGAGGAGCCGGCCCCGCCUCUCCCAACGCCGCCAAGCGCCUCUACCGCAACCUAUCAGAGAAGCUCAAGGGAAGCCACUCCUCCUUCGAGGAUGUCUACUUCUUUGGACGAUCGCGCAAAACCUCCACACUGCAGAGCUCCGAGGCGGUGUUUGAGGCGGUGGAGCAGCAGGACCUGGAUGCGGUGCAGAUUCUCCUGUACCAGUUCACGCCGGAGGAGCUGGACCUGAACACGCCCAACAGCGAGGGCCUCACGCCGCUGGACAUCGCCCUCAUGACCAACAACACGCCCAUCGCCAGGAUGCUGCUGCACGCCGGGGCCAGAGAGAGUCCGCACUUCACCAGUCUGGAGAGCCGCAAAGCCCACCUCUCCGCACUAGUGGACGAGGCCCAGAGACGGGCGGGCGAACUGGCCAACCAGGUGAUGAGGGAGAGCCUGACUCUGGACACUUCUGAUAAGGACAAGCAGCUGAAGGCCUGGGAGUGGCGCUGUAAGCUCUACAAGCGCAUGAAGACUGGCUUUGAACACUCACGCACUCCAGAGGCCCCCUCUGCAGUGCGUCUAAGUGUGUCGAGCAACACGUCACUCUCCGUCACAUUCCAGGAGCCAACCAGUGUCAACUCUGCUGUGGUCACCAAAUACAGAGUGGAGUGGAGCUGUCUGAAGGACUUCUCUCUGCUAGCGGGAGACAUGGUGAUGGAGAACCUGCACACCCUUAAGUGCACCAUCAGCGGCCUCACCACAGGAAGGCUGUACUAUGUCCAGGUGUCAGCCUACAACAUGAAGGGCUGGGGACCCCCUGAGCAGUCCCUCCCUCCCUCAGCAGCGCCUUCCAACUGGAAGGAUGGUGAUGGUCGGGAGCCCAGGAGGCAGGGCCACAUAGAAGCCAUGGAGCGACUCCUCCAGCAAGUCAGAGCAACACACCAGCACUACAGCUGCCCAGACCCGUCUAAGCUCCAGAACCCCAGCCGGAAGCAGUCCGUCUCCAGGAGUCUAAAGCACCUCUUUGCCUCUUCCUCCAAGUUUGUCAAGACCCUCAAGAGAGGGAUCUAUGUGGCUGCGGUGUUCUACCAUAAGGACACGGUCCUGGUGACCAGCGAAGACCAGAUCCCCAUAGUGGAGGUGGACGACUCGUACAGCAGCACCUUCAUGCAGGACUUCCUGUGGUUCACCAAGCUCUCGUGUAUGUGGGAUGAUGUGCGUUGGCUCAGGCAGAGCAUGGCCGUCUCCAGCUCCGCCUCCUCCACUCUACAGGCCCGUCAGAAGAUGCUGGCCGCAGUGGGACAGCUGCAGAACCUUCUGGGCACACACAACCUGGGCCGGGUGCACUACGAGCCCAUUAAGGAUCGCCAUGGCAACGUGCUCCUAGUGACGGUGCGGGAGACAGAUGGCAACUUCUUCUUCAACGGCAAGUGGCUGCAGGUGUCCAAACUCCAGAGCCAACGCAAGUCACUGUCCACGCCUGAGGAGCCCUACGCCCUGGACAUACUGCUAAUUACACUACAGGACAUCCUGGCGUACCAGAGGCGCAGCCUGCACCGGCUGUCCUCAGGGCUGUACCUGGGCUACCUGAAGCUGAGCAGCUCAGUGGACCAGAUCAGAGUGCUGGUGCCUCAGAGGACGCCCAACAUGCUCUGCCACACACGCAUACGAGACAACGCCAACAUCUCCAGGGAGGAGUGGGAGUGGUUGCAGACUCUCUCGGGGACGGAGCUGUUGGAGAAGUCAGAGCCGGAGGAAAGCGCUCCCCUCCCCCCCCUCCUGUACCACGAGCUCCAGGCCGCUAUCAAGAGUUUGCUCAGGCAGAUCAACCUACCUCUCCCCCAGGCGCAGCACUUCCGUCUGUAUAGUCAGGAGGUCCUGGAGCUGGGACACGGUGUAUGCUUCCUGCUGCUGCUCCCCAGCAGUGAGGCCGUGUGUUCGGCCCCCGGACAGGCCAACCCAUACACCACGCUCACAGGCUUCCUCAACCUCCCGCUCCAGAUGUUUGAGCUGGUGCACUUCUGCGCGUAUAAAGAGAAGUUCAUCAGCUUGUACUGCCGCCUCUCCUCUGUGCUCGACCUGGACGCCUUGAUUACCCAGCAGGCUUUGCGAGAGGCCAUAACGGAUGCAGAGGUCACCACCGCCAAACAGAGACACCAGCACAUCACGGACUUUAUACAGCAUAUGGAUGAGAUCUGGCGUGACGUGCGCUGGUUAACUGACGCGCUGCAAUAUGCUCGAUACAAGCAACCAGUGGGCGGAGUCUCCAUAAGCUGCCUAUUGGACCUGGCCGAGGAGGCCACCGCCCACAAAAGUGACUCCACCUCCUCCAACACGGACUACGUCCCCACGCCCUCGCCCUCACCCCCAGCACGCCGCAGAGAUUCCCAGCCCGGCUCGGUUGAGGAAGACUGCUCCGAGGUCUUCCUCCCGACGGACAGCGACUACGACUCGAGCGACGCCCUGAGCCCCCGUGACCUGGACCUGGUGUACUCCUCAGCCCAGGAUCUGUCCCAUCAGGCCGUGCAGGCCCUGAGCGGCAGCGCCCCGGACGUGCUUCAGAUGCACGACCUCAAGUACAGCGUCUUCGUCUCCCCCUCCCCCGACCCGGACGCGGACGGGGACGCCUUCUCCCGGGACAUGGAGGACCUCUCCCUGUCGGGCCACCACCCCGCCGCCCAGCCCCCCCCGGACAGCAGGCCCCCCCCGCCUCGGGGCAAGUUCCUGUCGGACGCCCCCACCAAGAGAAAGCUGCUGUCCAAGAGCCACCCCACUCGCAGCUACUUCCCCUCGCCCCAGCGCUGGCUCCGCCUGCAGAGCGACAGCCAUCAAUCGGGGUGCCUGUCCGAGGGCGUGUACACGCGUCAGAGUGACGUCGUCAUCGCGCCCACACUGGCUCUGGAGCUACCUCUGACUCCGCCCAUCGCGCCCGCUGGCUCCGCCCCCUGCCGCUCGCCACUGCGUGAGCCCAAACCCAGCGUCAGGUGCAUCUUUGUGGAGCCGUGCGAGUCGGCAACGCCCACCCCGCAGACCACGCCCACCAGACAGACCACGCCCACUCGGCUGAUGAUAGGAGGCAGGGAGGCGGGGUUAGGGUGCGACCUGGAAGUGGACUCUGACGACCAGACCAAUGAGCAGGUCUCCGAGAUCCUCAGCAGCACACUCUAGUCUAGAAGGAUCCGCAUGGUCACAUGAUCAGACUUCAGACUGGACUGAUUGGUUGGUUUUGGUCAUGUGAUAACUCUGGACAUCAGUGUUUGUAAUGAAGCCCCCAAAGACACUAAAGCAUGUAAUGUCUUACUGCAUCUUUUAAAAGCUUUUAAAAAAACAAACGAGAGAAGUUGCUGGUCAACUCAUUUGAACCCUUCAGAAACCAUGGUUACGACUGUUAAAGAUGACCAACCCACCAGCCUCUGCUGCUCCACUUGAAACCCAGAAAGAAGAGUGUGUGUGUGUGUGUGUGUGUGUGUGUGUGUGUGUGUGUGUGUGUGUGUGUGUGUGUGUGUGUGUGUGUGUGUGUGUCUGUGUCCCAAGCAUAUUUUAGGCCACCAGUCUUUUCAUUUUCACGGUUUGGUGUUGAGGUAGAUAAUAUGAAAGGAGAAUGUGUGU